CACCUUAAGCUCGUCCCCGACGGCGCGCUCCCGCGCGUACUGCGAAAGGAGCUGUCGGCAGAGAAAUCAUGUGAGAGCCCAUGCUUGGAGAAAGUAGGUUAGCAGGGUAGACUGAGAGGAAAGCAGGCGGAGAGUCACGGCGCAGAGGGGGGGUCUGAACACCGCUCCUCCACCGUGGGACUAUUCUGUCAAAAAGUUGAGCCAAAUCUAUCCAGCGGUGCGACGACACGAUUACGAUGCGAUCCAAAGCGAGUUUCUUUACUCUUUUACUUCGCUCGGAAUUGACCGAGCGAUAAAGGACGUGAGUUUCGACUAGUCUUUUUUUCUCCUCUCCUUCUUGUUUUUGAUCGUGCUUUACCGGGGCUGUCUGCACACGGGACGAAUUAAUAUUUACAGAGCCGGUUGACUCUGGCUCCAGCGCUUUAUUCUCGACUAUCCGGUCACAUACAAAAAACACAUGUAGCCGAGUUCCGAUCGUCCUGCUCAGACUAAAAGAAAACACCAAAAUGAGAGCUCAGAUUGAGGUCAUCCCCUGCAAGAUCUGCGGGGAUAAAUCCUCAGGAAUCCACUAUGGAGUCAUCACCUGCGAAGGCUGCAAGGGGUUCUUUCGUCGCAGCCAGCAGAACAACGCCAUGUACUCCUGUUCUCGUCAGAGGAACUGCCUGAUCGACAGAACCAACCGGAACCGCUGCCAGCACUGCCGCCUACAGAAGUGUCUGGCUCUGGGCAUGAGCAGAGAUGCCGUGAAGUUCGGCCGUAUGUCCAAGAAGCAGCGCGACAGCCUGUACGCCGAGGUCCAGAAGCACCAGAAGUCCCAGGAGUGCGUGGGCUCCGAGGGCGGCGUCUCCACCGCCCUGUCCCUAAGCCGGGACGACGUGGCGUGCGGCGUGGGCGGAGACGACGGCGAGGAGGGCCUGAGCCGCUCCUACAGCAGCCGGGGCUCCAGCUCCACCCUGAGCGACCUGGACGACAUCGCGGCGCUGCCCGACCUCUUCGACCUGCCACUGACCCCCGAGGAGGCCAGCGAGUACUGCAGCCUGGAGCUGCUGGGCGGAGGCGGAGGAGCCAGCGCGGGGAACACCUCGUCCUCCUCGUCCUCCUCGUCCUCCUCGUCCCUGUCCAAUCAGAACUCCCCGCAGCAGACCAUGAUGGACGCGGCCGACAGCAACGGGAUCCAGCUGCCGCACACGCACUCUCACACACUGGAGCUGGACUCGCUGCCCGAUGACUGCUCAGUAACAGACCUCGAGCGCAUCACUCAGAGCAUUUUAAAGUCUCACCUGGAGACGUGCCAGUACAGCGCUGAAGACAUGAAGAGGUUCACCUGGGUCCAGUACGCACCUGAGGAGACGCGGGCCUUUCAGAACAAGUCAGCUGAGUGGAUGUGGCAGCAGUGCGCUCACCACAUCACGAACGCCAUCCAGUACGUGGUGGAGUUUGCCAAACGCAUCGCCGGCUUCAUGGACCUGUGCCAGAACGACCAGAUCAUCCUGCUGAAAGCAGGUUGUCUGGAGGUCCUCCUCAUACGUAUGUGCAGGGCCUUCAACGUCAACAACAGCACCAUUUUCUUCAAUGGAAAGUUCGCCCCGGCUCAGUUCUUCAAAGCACUCGGGUGUGACGACCUGGUCAACGCAGUGUUUGACCUUGGAAAAGGACUCUGUCGCCUACAGCUGUCUGAUGAGGAGAUGGCUCUGUUCAGCGCGGCCGUCCUCCUAUCGCCCGAUCGGCCCUGGCUAACAGAAGGGCAAAAGGUUCAGAAACUCCAGGAGAAAGUCUACUUGGCUCUGCAGCACAGUCUACAGAAGAGUGGGGCUUCUGACGAGAAGCUGGACAAGAUGGUGUCCAAGCUGCCCAUCAUGAAGUCCAUCUGCAAUCUCCACAUUGAUAAACUGGAGUUUUUCCGUCUGGUCCACCCGGAGACCGCCUACAGUUUCCCACCGUUGUACCGGGAAGUGUUUGGCAGCGAGCUGUCCCUGCCGGACUCCACCGACAGCUAGACGCGCAGAUAGACGCGCCGCGCGGACGAAGAGAGUGUGCGAGGAGCUAGGGCAGCGAAGGGAGAGACAGAGCAGGACAGAGAUGUUGACGCUCAACAACCAGCAAUUGAGAGACAAUCCCAGACUUUAAAUACUCCAUCUCCCAUGAUCAACGUAGUCCUCCACUUUCCCAGCAGGCAAAGCACCUUACACUACAGACCACACAUGGCUCAUGGCUCCCUGCACACUGUAGCACGAACAACGAGCGGAUGAGCAUCGUAAUAUAGUACCAACGCAGCAGCCAACCCGGCACACAGCCGCGCACCGCCCAGCCGCAACACGCGGGUCACGCAACCAGUAAUGAAUGUACCUUUAUAAGCACCAGUGCACAAGCCAGAACCCAGUAACCCGUGAAUGUACAACCCUGCCGCUCAAAGCGGACGCGGAGGUUUACGCCUAGUAUCAGAAUGAAUUUGUGUUGACCCACAGGUCUCAUUAUUAAUAUUGCGUUCAGCCAAUAUUGCUCUUUGUAGUCAUGUUCAGGAAGGUACCCGUGUGUAUUCACACAGACAAUAAUCGUGUACUGACCAUCACUUAGGGACCAAGAUCAUGAGUCAUCCUCUCUUGAUAUGAAAAACACACAGCUAUGACUCACGGCUGAGGCUGACGUCCUUAAUCAGCUCAGAACUAGUGUCACACACAUUUAGACGGUGUUUGGUGCUGCCUUUUUGUUGGCUCUUGUAUUGCAAUGAGAAACCUCAGUCCCACACACCCCUUCCUUGUAAAUGCCACUUAGAGACAGGACAAGAUGAAAUUAUCUUUAAUUUAUAUACACAUUUAUAAACAAAUAUUUUAAAUAAGAAUGUAAAUAGGUGACUAUAAAAUAGUCCUAAUAGAGAUAUAAUAGUGUAUGAGAGUUGAGUGUGUGAGUUCAGUAUAGAGAAGAAGGGAGAGAAAGGUGGAUAGCAAGAUGCCAGGAAGAAACCGACGGAUUCGUGAGAAAAGCUUAUAUUUGGACUCAAACCUUUUCUGGAAUAUUUUUUCCCUUCUUGACAGUAUGCUCAGGUUUCCAUGGCAACGGCCCUAUGUUGCGUAAACCAAGCCGGCACGGUCUUCGCGUGAAGCAAUCGGGUGGACGUUUUGUUGCACAUGCCACGCGGCCGGGGGGGUGGUUGGGGGGGUCACGACGUUGGCCGACACGGGGUGGACUAGCGCCGCCGUCGUCCUGCAUGGACUGCGUGACCUGAGAGCGCUCGCUGCCCCCCCCACACCCCCUCCCCCAAUGGAACGAAAGGACAAACUGGGCUCUGAGGAGAGGAGAAAGCGAGGCAAAAGGUGACUCCAUGAACCGCAUAAUAAACGGGGACCCACAGCAACUCCCCAACUGUUUCUAGCCAGCACUUAGAGGAGUAGGUGUAGUAUAACUGUCUUUCACUUCACAUGUUUCAGGUGGUUAAUGGCCGUAAUGACGAUGGUCCAUAAUAUGUAUCAUAAACCCUCCUUGCUGGUGGGAGCAACUGUAUUAUUUUGUACAUGUGCUGUUUCUCUCUCCUUUAGUCUCGAAACCCAACACAAAUCAAGCACUUAUAUUUUCCUUCCUCACUGGGCACUAAUCUAAGGCCAGACAGAGCUGCCAGCUACCCCCCUGAGUUGGGCCUCGAUGCCAGUAAGACUAAGCGGUUGUUUCGUUCUGUUGUGUUAGUUUCUAUUUUUGUCCCAUCUGUAUCACGCAGGGUCAUCCUAACUGUACAUAAACAACAUAACCAGACUUUCUGAAGGUGGUAUAGUACUAAGAUGAUGAUGAUGAUGAUGUCUUACUUGGGGUGCUGUGAAGCUCUUGAGCAGAGUCCGAGGACCUGCCGUCCAACACUCAGGGAGCUGGCUGUGAUCUCCUGUCCCUUUAUUACCAGUGUUGUCUUUUAGCCUCGUGCUCCUCACACCUUUGCACCUAAGACGAGACCCAUAACCAUAAUCACUGUGGACGUAAGUUCUAUUUUUGUGAAUGUUACUCACAAAGUGUCAAAGCCCUUCUUGUAUGUCCUAAUAUUCUACUAUUCAAUUUACGAGACAUAGGAUUUAAAAAAAAGGACUCAGUUAGUUAAAAAUGAACUUCGUCAUUGGAUUUAAAUGUUUCUUUUGCUGUGAUUUUCAUUUAUUUGUCAGUCUUUUAUCCACCUUUUUCGUUACCUGUCUCCACUUUUUGUCUUGUAAAGUCAGUGGUUUAUUUUUUCGAAUCAAAGAAAAAUUGGGAAAAGUACAAACAAAAAUAAUAGUUUGUCUCCCUUCUCUUUCCCUGUAUGACAAAAUGUACAAGAGGUAUAUUACUAGUCCAAGAGUAACUGAGUCACACAGCUCAAUAAAUAUUGUUGUCCAAUGGGAUACAUUAUAUGUGGUUUUAAGAAUGUAAUAAAUGGUUUCUUUUUCUUUUAAA